AAAACAAAAAAAACAAAAAAAAAGACAAAAAAAGAAACAUCCCUUUAUCGCCCGAUUAUUCCAUUUAUCAUUAGGAGGAGGGGAGAACGUUCUCCUGCCCUCUUUCUCCUUAAAUGGCGGCCUUCAAUAUAGAGCAGGCGGUUUCGGAAUUAGCGAAUCUCGGGAUUGAGCGGUCUGAUGCUCUGGCUUGUUUGAACGUUCGUUGCGCACUCCUUCCCCAGACCAACGUCAUUGUUGCAAUCGCUUUGCUAUGCCAUAUCCCUCCCCCCCUCGUCGUCUCGCUAGUCACGGCCAAAAAAAACUUACGGGCUUUUCUCUAGGCAUGUAAUAACGAUCUCGUACGGGCAGCCGAUUACUUUUACGGCAGUGGGGAUUUGCAGAAGGUGAAACCCCCGCACUGCGGCUCGGUCUCCACCGUUCCACGCUUCUUGGGUUGUACUGACUGACUGACGGCAUCUGGAGGGCCUUCUAGGCGAGGGACGACUACAAGUGGGACGCAUCUCUGUUUGAUGCUGACCGGGAUGGGAAUCCGAGUACCCAAACCGGCCAUAGCUAUGAUAACAACUUUCAGACUGGUACGGCACAGCUCGACAAAGGGGGACCGAGGCCCUGCUGCCUUUGGAGCUGGAGCGGACGAACUAACUUUGUCGCAUUCUAGAGUUCCAGAUACAAGCGCCAGAUGUUCAUGUCGGGAGUGGGUAUGAGGGGACAAAGUCCAGGCCACCAUCCAGGGUAUCAAACAGGGCGGGGGGUUCGGCGGCGGGUUAUCAAGGUAGUGAGAUUGUCUUUCUUCCUCCUUGGCCGGGACCAGAGGACUCAUGGAUGGGAACAGCAGAUUCUGAUCCAGAUUUGGCUCGCGCUUUGGCUGCCUCCAUGGAGGGCUCUGCCGCCCAUACCGUUGAUUUUGGGGCACAAGAGACUGGAAUAACUGGGACACGCACUUCCCCAGCUACCUCCUAUCUCCAGCCGGCAAACCCGGGUCGGGAAUACAACCCACAGCUUUGGGCUCUAACCACGACCCAUGAAAUAUUCCUUGACCCGGGCCCAUCGGAGCGUAAGCGUAAGCCAGGAGACCCGGCAUUUCUUAGGCCGUCGAGCUCUGGCGGCAAUGUAGCCGCCCUGUUGACGAUUUUGCAUGGUAUCCCGGCUGCUAGAGAGUCUUUACUUGCUAGGGACUGUCUUGAUCGUGACUAUGGACAUGAUGAUCAGUGGUGGAAUGGUCAACAGAUUAGAAUCCUAAGAGUCACCAAUACUAGUGAUGGGGAGACCGGUGAACCGGAGAUUACGGAAGGGGUUAUAGAGGUUCAGAGGCUAAUGGCCUUUUUGGACGGCACAUUGAGGGCCUAUGGCAGUGUGGAGAGCUUGGCCAUGAUCCCGGGUUAUCAUGAGCCUAACCAAGCCCGUGAGUCCGAUACAUCCUCUGAGUCUUUGAGGGUUUGGCGGCAGCUAAUCGAUUUUCUAGAUGCCCCUUCGGCGUUCUUUCGUUCAUGGACAAGUGCAAUCGAAAAAGCUACUCCGGAGCCCGCUGAAGGGAAGUACAGUCGUACAUUCUUCUCUGAAGCCAUCCAGUGCGCCCGGGGCGCAAAAGAUGGGGCCUUGAUGAAUAGUCAGGUGUUCCAGAUGAUGGACCUUGUUGGUCCUACGGUUGGUGAGACUACCCUUUAUGAUAUGCUGGACUCACUUGUUAUUCCAAUGGACUAUGAGACGGAUGUCUUCGUCAAAUUCGCCCCCGUCAUCUGUGCACAAAUUAGGCCCCCUGACAACGGGAUGUUUAAUGGCUGUCCAAUUGCGAUCCCAACUGCCUUGUAUCCUGACAGGUACACACAGGCUUGGGCGGGACCUAUGCGAGAGGUUAGAAGGAGGAUUGAGGAACAGAAGAGCAUCAUAGCGGAAAUAGAACUCCAAGAAGAUAAACUAAAGAGGGUGCAGGUGAACGAGGGUGCUUAUCACGAGCUCCAGAGUGUACCCCAACCCCGAGAGCUCUUGUCGAUUCUCGUUGAGCAUUACGUGGCUGAGGGGAAUCGCGAGGCUCCGACUGGGAUUGCGAAUGGGGUGGGGUCGGAAUCAAGUGCUGUUCUUGCUAUGUUGGAGGGCGUCAUUCACCAACUUGAUGCGAAACUCGAAGGUAAACAGCCAUCAGUCAGGCGGGGAUGUGGGUUAACCAAUUCCAUUUUUAUAGCGUUAGCAAGGAAGAAGGAAGAAGCCUAUCAGACCUUAGUAAACCUAAGGUCAUCGCUUACUUCGCCCGAAGAUCUCGACCCCUCACUCCCUCCAAUGACGAGGUAUACGCUACGUGGGGUGUCCCCGGAGAGCUCAACAACUUUCACCCUCCUUCAAUCAUGUGACUCGGAGGAAGGCCAGGCUUCCGCUGGCUCAUCCACUGGCUCGCCGGGGGAGCAGUGGUGGUGCAUUAACUGGACACCGAGGGCACCAGCAACCGGAUGGGAGACUACCCCUACUCUGAAUUACGAGGUUAAAAAGGUGACUGAGGAGAAGGUGAUGCAUGCCAUUAAAACGACCGGGGAGGGCACUGUUCUACUUGUUUAUGCGAACGAUGAGGCGUUGAAUUUGGGCGAAGAGAUUGAUACCUCCUUGCCGGGUCCUCUUCAGGUAUGAUCACGAAUUGCCAAUGAUAGUAGACAGGGAUCCCUUACUAAUUUUUUUGUAGACAUUUGUCGACCGUGAUAACGCCGCCUUCAAAGCGGAACUACAGCCAAAUUCCCCAGGCCGAAAGCGGCAUAACGAUUGGCUCGACGCAGAAGAUGAGGGUGCGAAUUCUUCUCCGGGCGCGGGCUUCUCCCCAAAAAGGGUUUCGUCUUCCCGUAGCAGUGCUACUCUGGGAAACGCAACCCCCGAGGUUAGUCGUAGGAACAGUUUGAGCGGAAACGAAAUCGAAAUGAUGGAAGGCAUAGGAAGUGGGAAUAAUCAGCCUACUACUGGAGGAGGAAAUACUAUCGGACAGGAGAUAGACCUCUCUCAGCCCGGAGGUGAGGAAAUGCAGGAGAGGGGCGGGAUCUCUCCGGUCGCCAAGGCCUUCCAUCUCGAUUCCAAGGGCCGUGAAAGGGAUCUCGAUCAGGACAUGAAGGAUAUCGACAGUGAACACAUUGGGUUUACCGACUCUCUUGAGAAGAGGGUUUAAUCUGCGCUUGGCCGGGGAUUAAAGCGCUAAAUGGAGUCUUUACUUUUUUACUUUUUUACUUUUACCUCCGGGAGGUCUCUUUGGUUCGGUCUGGGUCUUUUGCUUUCAUUCCACUCCAAAUCUCCCCUUUUAUUUCGAAUACCGAUCUCCAUCUUUUUUUCUGAAAAAAAAAAAAAAAAAGAAACUAAAAACUAAAAACACUCGCGAUGGUCUAUUGUCUCUUUCCUUCCUUCCUUUGCCCUCUUUUCCCACAUCGCCUGUCCCGUUCUUGCUUUUCCUCUCCACCUCCCACGACGGGGGGAAAAACGCCCCCCGAAGUACAGUAAAUAGAACAUCGCAAGUUGGUGAUGCGGCGGCGUUAGUUUAGGUUCAGUUCAGUUCAGUUCAGUUUAGUCUAAUUCAGUUUGAUUGGGUAUGCUUUCUUUCCCUCUCUCUCCCUCUCUCCCUCUUCCCCUUCGCCCUUUUCACUCUUCAUUUUUUUCCCCCUGGCUUGUAAUACAUUUGAAUACCUGAAGGCUAUGCCUGCAUGCUAGUUCUUGUGUGCUUUGUUUUGUUGCGUUGGGUUGUUUUUCGUUUUGAUGUGGUCUAUGAACUCGCUAUUUAUUAUUUGUGAUAUGUAGGUAGAGGUGUUUGAUAGAGUAUAACAUACUGUACCGACU